CUCAGGUCAGAGUCCAAAGCGAAGGGGAGUGAGUGACUGAAUAUCUAAUCUGGCCCGUAAUGUAAAGGUUGUUGGGAGUUGUUGCUGUAGGGGUUUCGUUGUGGGGAACAUUUUCGGGAUGGCGGCUCAGCCUCCCCCAAAGCCGUGGGAAAGGCGUAUCCCCAGUACCAUCUCCAAUUUUCAGUCUUCAGAGUUUGGACCAACUGUUAUAAACCGACCAGGUCCACCAGUCAUCACCAGAGUUCCUCCCCCCCUUCCCCCAAGGGUAUCUCAGCAGACUGGAGGAAGCAGCCUGAUAGGCUACAGACCAUCUUAUAGCUCCUUCACCUCUUCUUAUGGUCCCUAUGGAAGUUCAUUAUACAGCAGUUACAGCCCAUACAGCUAUGGAUAUGGGGCAGCUUUGGGAUACAAUAGAUUUCGGACUGAUGAUGUUCCUCCUAGCCGAUUUGUGCAGCAGGCAGAGGAGAGCAGUAGAGGUGCAUUUCAGUCAAUAGAAAGCAUUGUCCAUGCAUUUACUUCGGUCAGCAUGAUGAUGGAUGCCACGUUCUCCGCUGUUUAUAACAGUUUUAGAGCAGUUUUAGAUGUGGCCAACCACUUCUCAAGGCUCAAGGUUCACUUCACCAAAGUAUUUUCUGCAUUUGCUGUAGUCAGGACACUGAGAUACUUGUAUCGAAAGCUAAAAGGAAUGAUGGGCCUUCAAAAGGACAAUGAAGCUGAGGACCUUUGGGCGGAUAGCACAGGCGCUGUAGUAAUUGCUGGAGAAGAUAAGGCAUCAAAUUCAGUAAAAUCCUGGCCAAUAUUUCUUUUUCUGGCUGUUAUUCUUGGUGGACCUUAUCUGAUAUGGAAAUUAUUAAGUUCUGCUGAUGGAACCAGUGACACAGUGACUACAAACUGGGCAAAUGGAGAUGAUGAUCAUGUGGUUGCAAGAGCAGAAUUUGACUUCAAUGCUGCUUCAGAUGAGGAAAUUUCUUUUCAUACUGGGGAUAUGUUAAAUUUAGCUCCUAAAGAACAACAACCACGAGUGCGUGGCUGGUUGCUAGCAAGCCUGGAUGGACAGAUAACUGGACUCAUACCAGCGAACUAUGUGAAAAUAUUGGGAAAGAGACGAGGAAGAAGGCAAGGAGAGCUGGGAAGAACAGCACAGCAACAGUCUUCUUCAAAUAACACCGAGCAGACCUGUGGAGCAACAAGCUCCCGGUCAGUGGAGGCGGUAGCUGGUCAGGACAAAGAUUUCGAGGAAUUAUUCACAUCUGUACCAGUAGAGUCAAACCAGAACCCUGCUUUAGAUUCGGUUAUUACUAUUCCUGAUAAAGUAGAGCUAUGAUUUUUUUCCCUUUUUGUCAAUUUAAAUAUUACUUAUAUGGAUGAUGAUAGAAAUUGAAAUCCUGGAUUGUUUAAUAUGGUCCUAAUGGUUGAGGACAGGUAGUUAUAUUGAAAUUGCAGUAUUGUGUGUUUUUGUGUAACCUUCAGAAAAUUAAAAAGUAUGUAGUAUUUUGAAGAAGGAAACAAGAUGGAAAAACAGGAUUUUAGUGUAUAUCAAACAUUUUGCACUUCCCAACGUUGAUGGUAAAAAUUACAGAAAAUUGCCAUAUAGAAAAUGAAAAAAAUAAAAUUACUGUAAAUUAUUUAUGCACUAAAAGUUGUAUCAUAGCAGUUGGUGUGGUUUCUUCAUUUAUAUACAGUUAAAUCGCCCAAGUGGAAUUUUUUUCCUUGUGCAUGUUUAAGGUAAACAUCAAUCCUCUAAUCAGGAGGUAGUUUAAUUUACACUUUUAAAUAAUCCCUAUGUUUAUUUAGACUUCAUGUUUCCUGUCAGGGUAGUACUCUGGUGCAGUGGUCAGUGUUUCCGUCUCACAUAUUCAGGGUGCGUAGGAGCUAUUCCCAGUCUGAUCACUGUCCGUGUGCAGUUUGCAUGUUCUUACUUUGUUCAUAGGAGUUUUGCCUUAUCCAAAAGAUGUAUUUGGUUUUAAAAAAUUGACUAAGGUCUUUUUCAAGUUUGGUUUUUUGGUCAUGUCUGAUGCUGCUAGAAAAAGCUCUAGUUCUUCACAGUCUCUGUUUCCUGCCUUUUGCCUGAUGCAGGAAUAUGCUUUGGUUCCUUUCCAAGCUGAAUUGGAUCAGGUAGGUUUGAAGUUAUUAUAUUGUGCUGUGAAUAGACAGACGUGUCUGUAAAUGUACAGUGAAAAAGUUCACAUGUUCUGUUAUCUGCUUUCUGCUUAAAAGUUUUUAAUUUACAUUUUGACCCAGACCAAACAUUACCAUUAGUAGGUGAUUAGACAGGGUAGUUAAGGGGAGCUAAUAUUAAAUAUGAGCCGAGAUGCAUUGAAGAGUGUUACAUUGCAAUUUUUUUUUUCUUUUUACAAGCUGAGUAUCAACAUUUUUUCACUUUCUACAUUUACGUGUUUCUGUGCAUCUUGAAAUUGUGUUCUUUUUGUGUAUAUGCCAGCUAUAAAUGCACUGUUGCAGUCACCCAAUAUUGAAAGGAAGCAUUCUCUCAUGUCCCAUAGUUUUGACCAUUCAAGAGUAAACCAUGAGUGAUUACUUAUCACCUCCCAGUGUGUAAAAACACUUUAAAAUGAAGUUUGCUUUGCUUUUUUGCUUAAAAGAUAAUUAUUUUAGAAUGUAUACAAGAAAAAAAGGCUUUAGAUUGUUGAGAUAAUUUUAAUUUACAAUCAUGUUCUGUGUUCAUAUGUUUCAUUGUAAUUGCAUCUUUCCCAUGGUUACCAGAGUUAAGGUAAUUGCACGCAUAUUAAACCCAGGUUUUCAAGAUUUAUAGUGCAUUUAACCAGAGCAUAAUUUAAUUGAGCUUUCAUAGUUGAGGCUGCCCAUUGCUUACAUCUGGAUUACAUAUUGGCAUGAUUCAGAAGUAAACCAAGAAGUCAAGAAUCAUUAUAAUCCACUUGAUUUUAAGUUAACAUAGUCCUUUACAUCUCAGAUUGAAUACUAUGGUGUAAUGGAUCCUGCAGCUUGCUUGUGUACAGGCCAGAAUGACUUUUAAUAUAUAAUACACAUAUUUUAUAUCUAUUGCAGAUUCAAUUAAAAAUACACAAUCCUAACCAAAAGUAAUUGUUGACUUUGGUAUGAGUUUUACUUGUUUAGGUGUUAACAGGGAUGGAUUAGUCAUGUGGAAGACUUCAAUGGCCACCGGAGGGCAGCACCUGAUCAUGCUGGUUGAUUGAAUCAGUUAUUCAUUCUCGGGGGAACUUAAUUUUUCUGGAUAUGCUGCUUGAGGACAUGCCAUUCUCAAACCUGCUUAAUUCAAUACAGGGUUGAGUUUAUCUGGGUUGCAUCAGGCACUAGACAGUAACCAACCCUGAAUAGGGCCAAAGUCCAUCACAGGCCUCAGAUUUUAUCAUUCCAUCUGUAAGCAGGUAAUUUAUUCAUUGCUGCUUUUCAGUUUUAGUUGCAUUGAAGUAGCUUACACUGGGUAAAAUUCCAGUUGACCUCUUUUUAUUUUAAAAAUAUUUGAUGAAGGUUUACCAUAUCAAUGAUCAUUUUGAAGAGGAGUUUUUAUGUUUCCCCUACAAAACACUUACUUAUUCCUUCCUCUGUUCAAAAGGGAACAGUACUGCAUUUAAGUAUAUGAAGAGGGUCUCAGAAAUGUGCUAAACAUGUAUAAAUUUGUAUUCUUGGUGAAGUCAGCCUUUAAUUUGCUCAGCAUAGUGUGCAAUGCACUUGAAGAUGACAGUUAAAGUUAAAAGGGUACGAUAUUUACCAGUUGCAUACAUGUAUCUAGUUUUGAUAUUUACUUUUGUUUUUUUGGGCCAAUUUCAGUUUCACUGUUGAACAUUGUAUUGCAGACUUGAUGAUCAUACAAAUAACUUAGCACUAUAACAUGCUUUCUCAUCUACUUAAGCAUAGUUUCAACAUUUUCUACUAUUUAUACAAUAUAGUCAGCUGUUUCAUCAUUCUUUUAUUUAGGAGAU